AUGACACAUGGCUACGUCCGCAGCGGGUCCACGCAGAGGCCUCCUCCUGGCCGGGCUGUGACGCCGCUUCGGGCGCUGCUGCCGAGUGUGCGGGGCGGCGGGAGCGCGGCUCGCGCGGCGGGACCGCGGCUCGCCCGGCUCACGCGGCGCUCUCCCCGGCCCGCAGCGCCACGGGCGGCCCGUGACGGCGCCAAGUGGAACCCGUCGAAGCGGCACCGGGAGCGGCUGAACGCGGAGCUGGGGCGGCUGUCGGCGCUGCUGCCCUUCCCGCGGGACGUGCUGGCCGCGCUGGACAAGCUGUCCGUGCUGCGCCUCGCCGUGAGCUACGUGCGCGCCAAGAGCUUCUUCCGCGUUGCUCUAAAGAAUCAGAGUGCCGAGGAAGCAGAGAGCAGUGGAGGCCACGAGAGCGGACGGGCCGCGGGCUUGGCAGCUGCGGGAGUACCGGAGGGCGAGCUGCUCCUGCAGGCACUCMAUGGCUUUGUGCUGGUGGUGACAUCGGAAGGACAGAUAUUUUACUGCUCGCACACGAUUCAGGACUACCUGGGAUUUCAUCAGACAGAUGUCAUGCACCAGAGCGUAUUCCAGCUGAUCCACCCCGAGGACCAGCAGGAAUUCAGGCGCAACCUGCACUGGGUCCUUAGCCCACCCCACGCUCCUGAGCGGGAGCCCUGCUCUGAAGGGGAGAAGAGUCUUGGCUCUCCUGCCGUCACCUACAAGCCUGACCAGCUKCCUCCAGAAAACUCAGCCUUCCUCRAAAGGAGCUUCGUGUGCCGGUUUCGCUGCCUCCUGGAUAACUCAUCCGGCUUCCUGGCUUUAAACCUUCAAGGCAGGCUGAAAUUCCUUCAUGGGCAAAACAAAAGGUCCAAAGACGGGUCUCCAUUGCCACCCCAGCUUGCCCUCUUUGCAAUCUCCACUCCCCUGCAGCCACCAUCUAUCCUGGAGAUCAGAACCAAGAACACAAUCUUUAGGACGAAGCACAAGCUGGACUUCACCCCCUUGGCAUGUGAUGCCAAGGGAAAGGUGGUUUUGGGCUACACUGAGGAAGAACUGCGGAUGUGUGGCACUGGUUACCAGUUCAUCCACGCUGCUGACAUGCUGUAUUGUGCAGAGAACCACGUCAGAAUGAUGAGAACAGGCGAGAGCGGCCUGACAGUCUUCCGCCUCCUGACGAAGGACAACCGCUGGAAGUGGGUGCAGGCCAAUGCCCGGCUCGUCUACAAGAACGGCAAGCCCGAGUACAUUAUUGCCACACAGAGACCACUCGUAGAUGAAGAGGGAGGAGAACACCUCAGGAAACGGUCCAUGCAUCUUCCCUUCACGUUUGCUACAGGAGAGGCACUCUUGUACCAAACUACUCACACUCUCCCAGGCUUCCCUGACUCCAUCCAGAGCAGAGAGAAGAACAAGUCCAAGAAGACGAGCCACAGCAAUGGAGGGUGCUCCCAGAAGGAUAACACUGACCCCAAUUCUCUACUCGGUGCCAUAAUGCAACAGGACGAGGCCAUGUACAUCUCCCAGCCAGCUCCCACGCACAGUCACUGCUCCAGCAGUAGUUUCCUGAACCACUUGGGAGAUAUGUCCUUAUGGGUUGCACAGAGAGAGCCCUGGAGCAUAAUCACUGCCCCAGUUUCCUCAGGGAAAAGCAACUUCAAGCAGGAACUGACAGAUUUGCAGGAGAAGGACCCUCUCUUGGCCACCCUGGACUCGCUCUUGAUUAGCAGUGAUGAGAGCUGUUCCAACAGUGACCUGUCCAGUGCUCUGGAGAGCCUUGGUUUAAAUGCCAAAGACCUGGAACUCCUGCUGUUGGAUGAGAAAAUGGUGGUGGUUGAUAUGGACCUUGAUUACUCCUUGUCCCUCAGCAACUUCCUAACCAACAAUGAGAUUCUCUCCUACAUCCAGGAGUCUCUAAUGAACAAGUAUGAGGGGGGACAACAGGUCAGGUCUUUUCUGGACACAACCCAGAGCCUGAAUGAAGGCUUCACUCCGUACCAGGCCCAUGGGGAGGACAAGGACCCUCAGUACCUUUCCCAACAAACGCAGCAACCUGGAGUUUCCCAGGGCCAGGCAGCUGCUCCACCCUGGGAAUGGCCCCUCCACACCACUCUGGGGCAGCCUUCCCCAUUGCUGCUGAAGCCACCAGAGGAAGAGGAAGAGCAGGCUGCGGGCUUGCAGUGGAAGCCAGCUGCAGAACAGGGCUUGCUCCACUUCUUCCAGCUCACGCAGGGCACUCAGUGGGCUGGAGCUCCCACUUUGGGUCUGCAGGGCUCCCCCAUGGGAGCCCCACACACGCAGGAGCCACACGGGGCUCAACAGCUGGAGAGUGAAUUCCCAGGUACGCUUGUCAUGCAGGAAGAUGYUCUUCAGCCCCCUUCCAUUCACAGUCCGGGCUCAGGAUGUUCGGGAUUGCAAGGCCAGCUGAAACACAAGGCCAACCAGCAAGUGCUGAUGAACAGGGUGUGUGGCCACAACCCCACUGCCUCUCCACACCUCGUCCCUGGUGGCAGCAGCCCAGGGCAGGACUAUGUUUCCUCACUCCUGGGACCCCCAACUCAGCCUGACUUCUGUGGUGUUGACCGAGACUUGAACCCCCAGUGCCAGGGCUGCUCGGGUCCAGUGCAUGGGCCCAGCACGUCAACAACACACAUCAACCUCAACAGAUUGUCCAGCAUGGACGCUGUGGGCAGCAGGGGCUCCCAGGAAGAGGUGGUUCCAUACUCUGUUUUUUCCCCUCCUUCCUCAUACCGGCUUAUCUCCAAGAAGCCUGUUGGCUUAUCUCCUGUUACCUCAGCAUCCCACCACUCUUUCCAGAGCUCGGCUGCAGAGCACUUUGGGAGYGCUGGCAGGCCACUGGAGACUCCCACGAACUCCUAUGGGACGUACACCUCCUUGCUGAGCCAGGAGAGCGGGCACAAACCUGAGAACAGCUGUAUUCUGUCCAACGGUUAUGGGGGACUUUCUGGAGACUUCCUGGUGCCGAGGGGGAGAUCUGCUACCUCCAACAAGCUGCACUCCUGCACGGAAGUGCUUCCAGAUCACCAUCAUACAUCCAACAGUGCCUUUUUCCUUUAGGAGAAGCAGAAUAGAUGCAACAGAACAGGGCCU